AUGGUAAUCUUCAUCCUCAACUUCCUGGCUGUUUUACUGCUCGCAUCCAGAGGGUUGGGCCAGGUCCAGCUCAGUCCUCCAAGCUUGGCCGUACUGCACGGCGCCCAAGCGAGGUUCAACUGCAGCACGGCCGCGCCCUGGGUGGUCAUGAGCUGGUUCCUCAACGACAGGGUGGUGAUAACCGUUUCGGCAAAACACGGCACCCUCUCCAACAGCGUCAGCUUUACCGUCACAAACCGCACGACCGCCCGCUCCACGGCGUGGGAGCUCGUGAUCUGGAACGUGACGCGCAACCACACCGGUGACGUCACCUGUGACUUCCAGAACUCACCAGCUAAGAUGUGUAAUUGGAGGACAAUUCAUGCGCAGCUGGAGCAGACAGACCAGCUAAUCAUCCAGAAGAGGACAGACUACAGGCAGCCAAUGAUCCAGAAGAGGACAGACUACAGGCAGCCAAUGAUCCAGAAGAGGACAGACUACAGGCAGCCAAUGAUCCAGAAGAGGACAGACCACAGGCAGCCAAUCAUCCAGAAGAGGUCAUUUCUCCAGGGCCAAUUAUGUGGACCCCCCAUGGAGCUGCUCACAGUCAUGGCCGGGACCGUGGUCAUCGAUGGCGGAAACGUCACCGGGCGGAAGGGCGGGCGCGUGCGCUUUCGGUGCCAGGCCUCCGGCUGGUACCCCGCGCCGACGGUAACCUGGGCGUUAGCGGUGAACCAGGAAGUGAACAACUACACCACCAGCCAUGCCGCCGCGCCCGACGGCCUGUUCCUGUCCACCAGCACCCUGGACGUCCUCGCCGUGGUGGACACGUGGGUGCAGUGCCAGGCCUCCGUGCCCGCCCUCCCCGCGCCCAAAACCCACCGCGUCUUCCUCACCGUCGGUCCUGGGGGAGACGACCAGACGGUGCUGAUAGCGGUUGUGGUGUCCGUGCUGACCAUCCCGCUGCUCGUGCUACUCAUCAUCGCCCUCAUCUGCUGCUGCGUAAAUGAAAGAAAGUCCAGACGCACUGAAGACACGAGGGGUAACGGACGGCGUGGUGAGGUGGCCACGGACCGGGCGGGGCAGGGACAGAACAACCUGGGAUAUUCCUGGAAUGAGAACACAGGCGUCGCCCCGAGUGAACUCCGCAGCGACCGAGGCCCGCCGAUCUCCGUCGGCGCUCACCAGGCACCUGACAGCAGUGGGCAGGGUGUAUACCCCGGCGAUUUCAAGACAAUCCGGCACGCCACGACCGUCUGACCCAGCCAAACGCCAAGUCCUGACAACAAACGUGUACGACAGUAAACUGCUGAAGAGGUCUCUUACCGGACGCCCACACUCGGCUGAGUUUAACCCAAUUAGAAGACGAUUUUCACCCCGAAUCUGCUGUUUCCCCACUUUCCCUUUGACAGCAAAAUUUGUAAUGACUGAGGGAGGCUUUAUCUUAAGCACACCAGAGCCCUUAACGCUCUAUAAAUGAGAUUCUCGUUGACUUAAAAAAAAAACGUUCAGUCCAAUUUUCACAAUUUUUUUUAAUCAGCAGAAUUAGGAAGACAAUCACUUGAACAGUACAUUAGCUCUGUUCAUCUAUCCGCCUCCAUAAUGCAUUCAUAAUAAAAGGUCUUGUUAUUCCA